AUGACACGUUCGAAACGGACUCUAGCAGAGACAGACGCCAAUGCUGAGGUUGCACCUGCAUCGAAGAGAACUUCCACUGGAAAGGCGAGGUCAAAGGAAAACGACGCGAUUCAGCCGACAGCAGAUGAGAAUGAACCUGCUGUCUCCUCCACUGCAAAAUCUCCUGCCUCGAAGCAACAGACGCCCUCGAAAAAUAAAGAAGCCAAGGUUCCUGGAGACGCGGAUGGAAAGACUUGGAUGUGUCUAUGUCAUGUCAGAGGCAAGAGGUGUGGGUGGGACAAGAGUUGCAUGUGUGGCCGAUACGCAGAUGCCAACCCUGCAGAGACAUGGAUCGUCACAAAGAAAGGAUUCGAAUUGCACAAGGACUGGGGACUGGAGCAAUACCAACGGGACCAAGACAAUUUCAGGAUGCAUAUCUUCAGUGAUUGGAGUGGCUACGGAACCUGCGAAGUGAUGGAGAACAUGGUCCGUACUAUAGGUAUCUACUACAACGACCAGCAGGUCUUGAACAGUGGUAUGGUGAGUGAUUCGGCCGUGAAACUCGAUCGCACAUACUCAGCACAUGCUUCAAGAAUCGAUGACUCGGAGGGAAAUGCAAAACGCGUGAUGCUCUUCGGUACCGCACUUCUGACGACCAUCGACAUCCUCAUCAAGAAUAGCCUCUUCAAAUCCGAAAACUCGGAUAUCCGAAACAUCGCCUUGAUACUCGGUCACUUCCUGAACUUCGUGCAUGAUAUGAAAGAGAUGUGCGUGGCAAAUGAGGACGGAUGGAAAGCAACAGUGCUGGAGCGAGCUGACGAGCAUGAGAUCAAACCUUAUAUGAUCAGCAUCAACCACAUCAUUAGCGAAAUUAGAGAAGGUAAAGAUGAUGCCACGUCCGAUGAAGACGGGACGCCGAGGCCAGAAAUUGGCACACGUCGCGAAGGUCUUGAGAAUGCAGCGAAAAGCUAUGAGAGUAAGCCAUGGGUUGGAGUCAUUACGUUGGAGAGCCUCAAAGCCGGCGUGGAGAGAUCAUGGACGCACUGGGAUUGGGCUACCGAACUCCGUGCAUACUCCAAAGCCCAAGCUGUCAAAGUCGGGCCAAUCGGACCCAACUACGGAAAGAGGAUCGGUGGCAAAUUCUAUGAUCUGACUAUAAAAGGCAGCCAACGUCGGAUGAAGCAAUACAGAAUUGGCCCGGAGGAGAGCGACGAAGACAGGGAGUAA